UGGGACUGACUCGCACCAGCACCAGGACGGGGGGUUUCCUCAGCUCUUCUCACGUUGGUGACCCACACAGGAAGACAUGUUGAGGGUCAAGGGUGGGCUUCUGUGCCUCUGGCCACACCACUUCAAGAUCAUGUGCUGCGCCCUGCACCGGCAACCUCUGCAUCCAGAGUGGGCUGCUAUGGCUAAAAAGCAGCUGAAGGGCAAGAAUCCAGAGGAAUUGAUAUGGCACACCCCAGAAGGAAUUGCCAUCAAGCCUUUGUACUCCAGAAGGGACACAGAAGGUGUUCCUGAGGAGCUGCCAGGAGUGAAACCUUUCACUCGGGGACCCUAUCCCACUAUGUAUACUUAUAGGCCAUGGACUAUCCGCCAAUAUGCUGGUUUCAGUACAGUGGAGGAGAGCAACAAGUUCUACAAGGACAACAUCAAGGCUGGCCAGCAAGGAUUGUCAGUUGCCUUUGAUCUGGCAACCCACCGUGGCUAUGAUUCAGACAAUCCACGAGUCCGUGGUGAUGUUGGAAUGGCUGGAGUUGCCAUUGAUACGGUGGAAGACACCAAGAUCCUUUUUGAUGGAAUUCCUUUAGAAAAAAUGUCAGUUUCCAUGACAAUGAAUGGUGCAGUAAUUCCUAUCUUGGCCACAUUCAUCGUAACUGGGGAAGAACAAGGGGUGCCUCAAGCCAAGCUUACUGGGACAAUCCAGAAUGAUAUACUCAAAGAGUUCAUGGUCCGAAAUACAUACAUUUUCCCUCCAGAACCAUCGAUGAGGAUCAUUGCUGACAUCUUCCAGUAUACAUCAAAGCACAUGCCAAAAUUUAAUUCCAUUUCAAUCAGUGGGUACCAUAUGCAGGAGGCAGGAGCUGAUGCCAUAUUGGAAUUAGCUUAUACUAUAGCUGAUGGAUUGGAGUACUGCAGAACUGGAAUCCAAGCUGGCCUUAACAUAGAUGAAUUCGCACCAAGACUGUCUUUCUUCUGGGGAAUUGGUAUGAACUUCUACAUGGAAAUAGCUAAGCUAAGAGCUGGGCGACGACUUUGGGCUCAAUUAAUAGAGAAAAUGUUUCAGCCCAAGGACCCCAAAUCUCUUCUUCUAAGAGCUCAUUGUCAGACCUCAGGAUGGUCCCUUACUGAGCAGGAUCCCUACAACAAUGUUAUCCGUACUGCAAUAGAAGCAAUGGCAGCAGUGUUUGGAGGUACUCAGUCUUUGCAUACAAAUUCAUUUGAUGAAGCCUUGGGUUUGCCUACAGUGAAAAGUGCUCGCAUUGCUCGGAAUACCCAGAUUAUUAUACAGGAGGAGUCUGGCAUUCCUAAAGUGGCAGAUCCAUGGGGGGGUUCCUACUUGAUGGAAUCCCUUACUGACGAUGUCUGUGAGGCCGCUUUAAAGCUUAUUAAUGAGAUUGAAGAAAUGGGUGGAAUGGCCAAAGCUGUAGCUGAGGGAAUUCCCAAACUCCGGAUUGAAGAAUGUGCUGCCCGAAGACAAGCCAGGAUCGAUUCUGGUUCUGAAGUAAUUGUUGGAGUAAACAAGUACCAGUUAGAAAAAGAAGAGACCGUUGAAGUUUUGGCUAUUGAUAACAGUUCAGUCCGAACCAAGCAGAUUGAGAAGCUUGAAAAGGUAAAAGCUAGCAGAGAUGAAGCAGCAGCCCAGCAGUGUCUCACUGCUCUAACAGAAUGUGCUGCCACAGGUCAAGGCAACCUAUUGGCACUGGCAGUGGAAGCAGCACGCGCAAGAUGUACAGUUGGAGAAAUAACCGAGGCAAUGAAAAAGGUGUUUGGGGAGCACAGAGCCAGUGACCGAAUGGUGAGCGGAGCUUACCGCCAGGAGUUUGGGGAGAGCGACGAAAUUCUUCAUGCUAUCAAUAGAGUAAACAAGUUCAUGGAGCGUGAAGGGCGCAGACCUCGUCUUCUUGUUGCCAAGAUGGGUCAAGAUGGCCAUGAUAGAGGAGCUAAGGUUAUCGCUACAGGAUUUGCAGACAUUGGCUUUGAUGUGGACAUAGGUCCACUCUUCCAGACACCCCGUGAAGUGGCCCAGCAGGCUGUAGAUGCUGAUGUGCAUUGUGUGGGGGUGAGCACAUUAGCUGCAGGUCAUAAAACUCUUGUUCCUGAACUCAUCAAAGAGCUGAACGCACUUGGCCGUCCCGACAUUCUUGUCAUGUGUGGAGGUGUCAUCCCCCCUCAGGAUUAUGAUUUCCUCUAUGACUCUGGUGUCUCCAGUGUAUUUGGUCCUGGGACUCGGAUUCCAAAGGCAGCUGAACAGGUGCUUGACGACAUUGAGAAGUGCCUGGAUAAGAGGCAGCAAUCUAUGUAACACUGAAACAUCACACCACAAAAUCAGCCGUAUAAUAACCAUGUACAGAACAUGAUCAGUCAUCAGCUAGGAAGAGCCAGCCACAUAGCUUUGGUUACAAUGCUUGGUGCCUUGUGUGCUUUCUAAGAAAGCUGUAAUUUCUCAAUCAUGUUCUAUCUGUGAGGAAUAUUUCAUCUGACUGUGUAUAUAAAAAUUAUCUCUAAAAGUACAAGGGAGUUCAGUAAAAUUAUUCAGAUUGUUUCAAGGAUUUAGUUAAAUAAAAUAUCCAUUCUAAUAUUUUGGGUUGGGAUUGGUUGAUUUUACACCACCACCCUAAUUGGUCUGUUUUACAUGUAUUUUUUGGGCGGGGGCGGGAAGGGGUUUGUCAUAUAUUUGGCAGAUGCUUUAGGCCCAGAGACCUUCAGGUAAAAUCACCUGUGUUCAGCAUAGAGGUGACCAAAUCCAGUAGAGUUAGUGGCAUUUGGAUGUUAAUGCAGUAAAGUCUAAGGAGCAAAUCUUUUUCUGAUUUUCCUUUAGUUGGAACGGUAUAAGAAAA